AUGUCGCCCUUCGUCCCGCCCGAGCACGACGCACGUAGAAUACCGAGCUCGGCCGCCUGUGCGGCCGGUACUCUGUCUUCUGUCACUUUGUCCAUGUCGAUCGAGAACGAAAAGAUCUCCACUCCUGCCGCGGCGGUACUGGAGACAACUUCGGACGUGGGUGCUGAGGCGCCCAACGUCAAUACCCUCCAUCGUUCGCUCAAGAGCCGCCAUGUCCAAAUGAUCGCCAUCGGCGGCGUCAUUGGAACCGGCCUGUUUAUCGGCACCGCGACCAACCUGCAGAACGCGGGUCCGGCCGGUCUUCUUAUUUCAUACUGUCUCAUGGCCACGCUGCUUUACUCGGUCAUGGUCGCGCUGGGCGAGAUGAUCUCGGCGUUUCCCAUUCCCGGCGCUCAACUCGCCCUUGCGUCCCGUUUCCUCGCCCCAGAAGUUGGAUUCGCAAUCGGCUGGCUGUACUGGUACUGCUACAUCGUCCUCCUCCCCGCUGAGAUCUCGGCUGCGGCCGUGCUCAUCACCUACUGGACCCCGACGGACGGUACCUGCGCCCCCGGCCUGUGCAACUCAGCCGUCUGGGUGACUGUCAUGCUCGUCGUCGUAAUCCUCGCCAACAUCGUCGGCUCGACUCGCGUGUUUGGCGAAAUCGAAUUCUGGGCCGCUUCAAUUAAAGUCCUGACAAUCAUUGGCCUAAUCAUCAUCUCUAUCGUCAUCACCUCGGGCGGCGGUCCUAACCAUCAACCCAUCGGAUUCAAGUACUGGGUCGAAACGGGUGGUUUUGUCCAAUACAAAGGCAUCCCAGGCGCGUGGGGUCGUUUCCUCGGUUUCUUCGCCGUCCUCAUCUCGGCCGCAUUCGCAUUUAUCGGGACGGAAAUCACCGCCGUCGCUGCGGCCGAGGCGGGGUCUCCUGCAAAGACCGUUCCGCGUGCAAUUAAGAGCGUGUGGCUCCGCCUCGCCCUCUUCUACAUCUCCUCAGCAUUCCUCAUCGGCCUCUUGGUAUCUCCCUCCCACCCCGAUCUGAAUUUGGGAAGUACCGCCGCUAAAUCGCCCUUCGUCAUCGCUAUCAAAGGGGCGGGAAUCAAAGUCCUCCCAGCUAUUAUCAAUGCCGCGUUACUGUCGAGCGCAUGGAGCGCCGCCAUUGCCGACCUAUACAUCUCCUCACGCACGUUGUAUGGCUUGUACGCCAGAGGCGCUACGCCUCGCCAAGCACACUGGCUGGGCAAGACAAGGAAGGACGGCGUGCCGUGGGUCUGUGUGACUGUGUGUGCGGCGUUUACCCCGCUGGCGUACUUUGCCGCUUCGCCCAGUGCCAGCGCAGGCCAGGCGUUCGGAUACUUUGCGUCCAUGUGCGCCGUGUGCGGCAUGCUGUCGUGGAGCGUCAUCCUCCUCACUUCUCUUCGGUGGCAUCGCGGUCUCAAGGCCCGUGGAAUUGACCGCUCCACUCUGCCUUAUCGCGCACCACUCCAGCCUUACCUCUCGUACUAUGGCCUCGGGGUCAGUAUUAUCGUCAUCGUCUUCUCGGGAUUCACUGCCUUCAUCCACAAGUUUGACACGAGCGCUUUCAUCACGACAUACUUUGGCAUUCCAUUCUUCGCAGUCCUCCUCCUUGGCUACAAGUUCUGGCACAAGUCGGGCCUCGUCCGUUACGAAGACAUGGACUUUACGACGGGCUUCUCGGGUACCGACGACAUGGACGGUGACGAGCGCAAGGGCUGGCUCGCCCGCAUCGGCGUGUAA